AAACAAAAUGGCAGGAGAAGUUGUUGUCGAUGCGCUGCCUUAUUAUGAUCGCGGUUACGAUGAACCAGGUGUGAGGGAAGCCGCUCUUUCACUUGUGGAGGAAGAAACAAGAAGAUACAGACCCACCAAAAAUUACCUGGAAUAUUUACCAGCCCCAAAUUACAAUGCUUUUGAGACUGAAAUAAUGAAAAAUGAAUAUGAAAGAAUGCAAGCUCGUUUGCCAAUGGAUAUGUUAAGUAUGAAAAGGUAUGAGUUGCCACAGCCUUCUGCUGGUAAGAUGACAGAUAUUUCAGCAUGGACAGAAUGUGUGGAAAACUCCCAAGCUCAGCUGGAACAUCAGGCUCUGAGAAUACUGAAUUUGGAGCUGAUGUCAGAUAAUGGCUCAAAUGCCUGGAAAGAAUACAACACAAUUCUGGUUCAGAUGAUGGAAAGUGCACAAAAACAUCUACAAGAUCUCAGAAAACAAAUUCAAGAAAUAAAUUGGAGGAGAAAGAGUGAACAGACGGAGGCUGGAAAUAAGUUGAAAGAUCUGGAAGAAAGUUGGGUAGGACUUGUCAGUAAAAACUAUGAGAUAGAAAGAGCUUGUGUGGAACUGGAGAAAGAAGUGUCAGUCUUGGAACAGAAAAAAGCCAAGAGUAAAAGGUAGCCAAGGAAAUUAAAAUUCUCAUCAUCAACACCUUCAUAAAAAUCCACUCUGAACAAUACAGCUUUGUGAACAUAGGACAAAUCCGAUAUGAGACUACUACACACAGCAAACUAUUGACAGUCAUUCCCAUACAUGUCAAUCAUCUCUGAAUCCCUUGUGAAAUGUUUUUAUGUAUAUCUUUGUAUAACUAAUUUGGAAUAAAAUACAUAUUAUAGAACAU